AGCUCAGAGCCGCUGCAGAGCCCGAGCCGGAGCCGGAGCCAGAGCCUGAGCGCGCGAGCUAGUAGGGCGCGAGGAGCGAGCGGAGGCUGGCAACGCACCCGAGGCCCGGGCACUGCUGCGCCGCGGCUCAGGUCCCGCGCCCCGCCUGCUGCGGACCGACCCAAGCGCCUGGCCACGGCCCGAUCCCCGGUCGGCCCGGAACCCACCCCAGCCAGGCCUAGCGAAGCCCCGCGUCGGCCCGCCGCAGCCGCCGCUCCGGCCCCAGCCCGGGCCCCGCAUCCAGGCCGCCAGGAUGGACAUGUUCAUGAAAGGCCUGUCCAUGGCCAAGGAGGGCGUCGUGGCCGCCGCGGAGAAAACCAAGCAGGGAGUCACCGAAGCAGCGGAGAAGACCAAGGAGGGCGUCCUCUAUGUUGGAACCAAGACCAGAGAGGGGGUGGUACAAGGUGUCGUCUCAGUGGCUGAGAAAACCAAGGAGCAGGCGUCACAUCUGGGAGGGGCCGUGUUCUCUGGGGCUGGGAACAUCGCAGCAGCUACGGGCCUGGUGAAGAAGGAGGAAUUCCCCACCGAUCUGAAGCCAGAGGAAAUGGCCCAGGAAGCUGCCGAGGAGCCGCUGAUCGAGCCCUUGAUGGAGCCCGAAGGGGAAAGUUAUGAGGAGUCACCUCAGGAGGAGUAUCAGGAGUAUGAGCCAGAGGCGUAAGGGCCCAGGACGGCCCCUCACCCGCAGCACAAUACUCAUCCUGUCCCCUGCCCCGCCACCCCUACCCUCAACCCCCACCCCACCACGGAGCCAGGGCUGUCCUUCUACCCCAUCCCCCCAAACACGAGAUCUUCCUUCUGCUCCGAGGCUCCCCCUCGGAGCCUUUGUUAGUGUCUGUCCAUCUGUCCGUCCUACCCGCCCGCGUCCACCCACGCGGCGUGGACAGGGCCAGGGCUACGUCCGCGCCUGGGAUCCCCUUCCCACCCCGUCCUGUGCAGUGUCUGCGCGGAUGUAGCAUGUUUUCUGUGUUUUUCAACCAAGGUCGGAAAGCGACGGCUCCCUCCGCCCCCGACAGAGGCUCUCUGAGGGGCCCGGGGCCGCCCCGGAGUCCACCCCACCCACCCCCCAUUCAUCCACAAAUCGACCCCAAGAACCUUUUUUUUUAAAAACCAAAACCAGGAGCCAGGCUGUGCCAUGCCCCCUCCCUCCAGCCGGCCCGACCCCAGCGCGGGCGUCUGUGUUGUGAUUGUGGCAUGGAGAGUACCCCCAACCCCCGUAUGAGCGUGUUGCGGACGGGCAGGCCCGGCCGCCCGCCGCGUGUACACGAAUAAAGCCAAUCUGU